AUGAAAUUUGCCCAUGAUUUUAAGGAGACGCUUAGGCGCGAAGACUUCCCACCUCACUGGGUUGACCGCGCUGUCCCAUAUGGUCAACUAAAAAAGGUUCUGAAGCGCGUUGCUCGCGAACUGAAUGAUCUGGGACUUGAUCCUGAGACUCUGCGUCAGCUUCUGGAUCCCGCUGCUGAUUCACCAUUGGCCGCCAAAUACCGCCUAAAUGGUAAACUUCUCUUCCUUUCAACGGGCCACAUUGUGUGUUCAUGCCGGGCUUGGGCUGACGCCAAUCUUUACUUCAUUACAGCCGCAGGCAACUCCAAGCUGCUCAGGCCUAAGUUAACAGUCCUGGUUCACAUGUGCGAUGGCAAUCCUAUUGAUGCAUCGCUAACACCAGCAUCACGCUCACUUCUCGAGCGGAUCGCCGCCCUUCAAUCCUCCAGUUCGGAGGCAGACAUUGAUCUAGAUCGGGAAGAGGAGCAAAUCCUUAGGGCACCUUCAUCCCGUGAGACCGCGUGGGUUCCUUCACCUCCUUCCAACGAAACGCUUGCUGCUCUAGAGGCAAAAUGGUCUGCCCAGGACCAGGCGGUAUCCGUGGAGCUAUAUGAGCGUAUCGAGGUACCUCUUGUCUUUGACAGCGAGUUUUUUGAUAUACUCCAGAGCGAUGUGAAUAACCUCGACGCCCUCCAGGCCGAGGAAGAAAAAGCCAUGGUAACCGAAAUUAUUGCCCUGCGUCAAGAUGUGUCCCACCUCACAAAACCAAGCCGGCUUUCUAAGAGCGACCUUGCAAGGUGGCGGGCCAUCUUCGAACUGUACCUUGACGCCCAAGUCUUUUUCUCCACUAAUGAACAAGACCAUGGGUCGCGUACCAGCCAGACUGCUGCAAAGCAGUUACAGUGGUUUCAGGAGGAAAUUACAAAACGGAACUUAGCCAAGGCAUUCAAGAUCGCCGAGAGCCGCGAGGCCCUUGUUCGCUUUUUGCGUCUCAAUGCUGUUUUGCUUAAAAACCUACAGUUUCAAGAAAUCAACCAGAUGGCCAUUUACAAGAUAUUAAAGAAGUUCGACAAGCGGACUUGUCUAGGAGUUUCGAAAUCAUUUCCCAUGCAGGUUCAUUCCGAAAAGUUGCUAGCCGGCUCCGUGGCCAAAGAUAUUUGUGCCCAGAUGUCCACCGAUUUGGUUUCCGUUGUGCCACAAAUCAGUGACUAUUUGUGCCCAAUUUGCUUCGCUAUCGCCUAUCGUCCGGUUCGAUUGGCUUGUCAACAUGUCUUCUGUAUUCGAUGCAUUGUCAAAAUUCAGCGCCGAAAUGAGAAGCAUUGCCCCUUAUGCAGGGCUGAUACAGUCAUGAAAGCCUCUGCAGAUAAUCUUGAUAUUCAGUUGGAAAGGUAUAUGAGAAAAUACUUUCCCAAGGAGGCCAAAGAGAAGCAACGGGCCAAUGAAAUCGAGCGGGGUAUCGAGGACUACGGACCUGAGUACGUCCAUUCCGAGUGUUCUGUCAUGUAG